CAGUUGGUUUGGUCAUCAACUUUUCUGAUCUACCUCAACAGCUGUAAGUCUAAACUUGCAGCCCCUCACUUGUGCAGCAACUCACAGUGUAGUGAGUAGGGAAAAAGGGACUAGAAAGUAGGACAGAGCAGUCUGGCCCCUUUCCCUUCCGAACCACAAGCACAGAUUUGCGACAGGGGAGAGAAGACACUAGACUAGAAACAAGAAGAGACUCUGCUGCAGUCACUGAAGGAAAAAGCCCCUGGGACAGAGACCGCUGUGUCCACACUGCAGAAAAUCCAACUUUAUAGAUUGAUUUCCUAAUACCAGAGGAGGAAUAUUCACUGAAAAGAACAUCUGACACCUGAAAACAUGCACAAGCGCACCAAGAUAAAGAUCGCCAUCUUCGUCCUGCUGGUGGGUAUGGCUUGCAUGUUCACGGCGGUGGUGACGGACCACUGGGCAGUGCUCAGCCCGAAGGUGGAUCAAGUCAACCAGACCUGCGAGGCGGCCCACUUCGGCCUAUGGAGGCUGUGCAAGAAGUACAUCUACAUCAGUUCAGAAAACUAUGAACAGGGGCUCGGCUGCGGACCGAUCAGUCUGCCUGGAGAGGAGAACUGCACGUACUUCAGACACUUCACUCCCGGGCAGGAUGCGGAGAUAUUCGAAUAUAAAACACAAAAAGAGUAUAACAUCUCAGCUGCAGCCAUCUCCAUCUUCAGUCUGGCCUUCAUGAUCCUGGGCUCUCUGUGUUUGAUGGGCUCAUGCACCGGUAAAGGCAAAGGACGAGACUACCUCCUCAAACCGGCUGGCAUGUUUUUCGCAUUUGCAGGUCUCUGCGCCUUCAUCUCACUGGAGGUGAUGCGUCAGUCAGUCAAACGCAUGAUCGAGAGCGAGGACACGAUCUGGAUCGAGUACUACUACGCCUGGUCCUUCGCUUGUGCCUGCGCCGGCUUCGUGCUCCUCUUCCUCACCGGCUUCGCCCUCCUGAUCCUCUCCAUGCCGCAGAUGCCCAGGAACCCGUGGGAGACGUGCAUGGACGCCGAGCCGGAUCAAGUGGAGUGAUAGCCAUGAUGGGAAACAUACCUCACUGCAAAUCAAACCAACUUGAACAUGGGCCUUUUGUCAGAGGCCCUGGGUACACCUGGUAUUAAAGUCCCCAUGAAACGGAACUUCAAGAGUAUUUACCUACCGCAUCGGCGAGUAUUUUCUACUGAAACAGAACCAAUCACAAGAUGGGAGGUGGGACAUAAUGUAAGGGUGAAUUUGAUUGGAUCGCUAAAGAGUAGGUGUAUCACAACAAACAUGGCAUAAAAAUUAGACAACACUUUUUAAUUGGUUGAAAAUUAGUAAACGCCCCUGACGGCAGUAUGAGUCAUCAGACUUUUGAAACGUUUUACAGGAAGAGAAAAUACAGUAACUUACAGUAGAUGUUAAAUACUUUAUUGGACUGUAUUUGGCAGACGCUGGAUUCAAACUGGGAAAAUGUGAUUUCCAUUUCAUGGGGACUUUAAAUUUCAUCCUGGGUUAGCUGAUCAUAAAUCAGCACAUCUUGUAUUGACCUGUGUUUCCAAAACGUGUCUCAUGUAGCCUUUUAAAAACAAAAAUAGAUUUGAACUCCUUGCUUUAUUUGAAAUAAAUAUACAUCUUCUUUGUG